AUGGCAUCUUCACAGUCUGUGUCUGUAUCUGCAGACACAGCCACACACUACCAAGUCCUCAACAUCACACCUGCUCUCCUCGACACACAACAUGACUCUACACCCCUCAUAAAGCGCGCCUAUCAUCGGGCCCUCCUCCGCAACCACCCAGACAAAGUCGCAAACUCAGAUCCAUCAUCAUUUUUCUUCACUGUUGAUCAGAUCAGCACCGCACUCAACGUCCUCUCCAGCCCUUCUGCUCGCGCCGCAUACGACGCCGCACUACGAGUGUCUCGUCCGACUGGGGUGACUGGUCAGGAUGGCUCCUUUCAGACGGGCGUGGAAAACGUCGAUCUGGAUGAUUUAGCUUUUGACGAAGACCAGGAGUGCUGGUAUCGUCCUUGUCGCUGUGGAAAUGAGCACAGUUACGAGUUUCGUGAAGCAGACUUGGAGGAAGUGAGCGAUGAGGGCGAGCUCGUGGUUGGCUGCCUUGAUUGUAGUUUGUGGCUGCGGGUUCACUUUGCUGUACUGGAUGAAGACGAAGAUGACACACAACCUUCAGUUACUACUACUAAAGAGAAAUUUUGA